UAUUUGACACUGAACUGUAAAAAUACAAACUGUAAAAUACAAAAUAACAAUUUUCAAUAUUUUAAACAAAUGGCUGCCAUAGGAGAUGGUAAAAUAAGUCUGCGCAAAUUAGACUAUCCAAUGUGCGCAGUAGAGGCACUUUCCCGAUUAGAGGGUCUCAUUGCGAGCAGAAAUAAACAAAACUUGGCAAUGCAGAUCAUUUCCGAGUUCAUUUUCUUGGAGCGCUGCAAGGAUGGAGACGUGCGCAAGAUGCAAACGCUUGGCAUAAGCCAAAUGAAUAUAUAUCAGGAGUUUCAGUUGAUUCUGGCGCUCAUUGAGUACUUUUCGAGACCAGGACGGGAUGCAACACGGAAUGCAAUAUUUUUAUCUUUAUUUGGUAGCCACUUGACGCCACAGCGAUCCCGACUGUUAUCUAGACUUAUCAGCACAGCGGUUUCGGGCUCAGUGGCUCCGCUGCUCUCCUCGGCGGGAACAUGGAUGCAACAAGUUGGCUGCAAAUCACCACCGAGCUUAGAAGUGGCCCAGAGCAUUGUGAGCGAUUUCAUAUCGUUUUCGCGCAAAACUCCGGAUCAAUUAAAGCAACUACCAAUGGUGGGACCACACUUUGCAGCCAACUUUAUGGUUGCCGUGGCCGAUCUUUACCUAAACGAUAAGCGUGGAGGUGUUUUGACGCCCCCGCCCGACGCACUCCUGGAUGCCAUAACAGAGUGGACGACUGAGAAUCCGAUGCUGUGCCAGGCUCCUCAGCAACCUCUUGUAUUACCCGCUGGCGCCAUUGCAAUGCCGUUUGCAACCCCUCUGGCAGGAUUAUUGCGUUGGGUUGUGCUUGCCCCGUUGGUCUCAAAUCGGCAGGCAUACAGUAACUUGCACUUGUCAUUAUUGCACACCUUGAUGCAGUUGGUCAACAGUGGGGAGUCGACUCCUCUGCACGCCCAGGAUCUGUUGCAAAUUGUCACAAGUCUACAGAAAUACUGCGCCCGUUUGACUGUGGCAAAAGUAGCUCCCGAAGAAGACACUGCAUAUCUUAAAUGCAUGGAACGCUUUGCCCAAGCCGUCCAAAUAGCGCUGGCCUCCAAUUGCAUAACCAAUCAAAUUCAGUUACUUUGCGUCCUGGAGACUCUGCCGCCACACACACUUAUGAAAAUUGUGCUUUCAACGCAUAGGAAGCUAUGAUUAAACAUAAUAACAAUUAAUUUAUAAGUAAGAAGAGUAAAAUUCAUAUAUACAUUGAGUUAGUUUGUUAUAUAGGCAUGUACAAAUUUUAAUUGAACAAUAUUCGCUGAAAUAUCUUGAUUAUUUGAAAUAAAAACAAUCACACAUCCAAA